GCAGUUACAUCAUUUUUUACCAAAAUGAAUGAGGGCUUGGUAACGCGGGUUGAAUUAGAUGGGAGUCAGAGAAAAUGUAUCAGAGUUGGACAUUACAUUGCCAGAGAAGAAGGCUCAAAUUUGGAGAGAGAAUCGAUGGAGGAUGACCUGCGUACAGUAGAGAUCAUGGAGAAUUAUUGGGCCUAGAAACUUUUGCUUCUAAUAUUGGUCGCCUGCAUGAAAUACCAGGGAAUCUAUAAAAAUGGUAGCGAUAAUGAACGUCCUCCACUUUUACCCUUUAAACGUUCAAAUUCGGAGCGCGUGGCGGUUUCUUGAAAAUGGCUAAAAAGUUGUCUGCCAAAAUCGGACCCUCGAUCUUGAAUGCUGAUCUUUCGGAGCUUUCCGUCGAGUCACAGCGACUCCUGGACAACGGUGCAGAUUAUCUUCAUUUGGAUGUUAUGGAUGGGCAUUUUGUGCCCAACCUUACUUUUGGUCAUCCUCUCGUCAAGUGUCUUAGAAAUAAAAUAAAGGAUGCUUUUUUCGAAACGCAUAUGAUGGUUUCAAAUCCUGAGCAGUGGAUCGAGCCCAUGGCUGAUGCUGGAGUCGACCUGUACACGUUUCACGUGGAACCGGUAGAAAAUGUUUCUUCAGUUUGUAGAAAAGUCCGAGAAGCUGGUAUGAAGGUAGGUGUAGCACUAAAGCCUGGAACUCCAGCUGAUGUUGUUGUUAAUUAUGUGGAUUUAGCAGAUAUGGUAUUAGUCAUGACAGUAGAACCAGGAUUUGGUGGACAGAAAUUUAUGGAAUCAAUGAUGAAAAAAGUUUCAUGGCUCAGACAACAUUAUCCUACGCUAGAUAUUGAAGUGGAUGGUGGUGUAGGACCUAGUACGAUACAUGCUUGUGCAGAAGCUGGUGCCAAUAUGAUUGUAUCAGGAACUGCAGUCAUAGGAUCUGACAAUCCAGCCCAAGUUAUAGCAAAUUUAAAAGACACUGUCAAUUCUGCAUUAAGUACAAAUUAAAAUAUAAAGUAAGGAAUAUUUUAAGGUGCACGAUAUACGUUAACAUUCCUGAAGGUUAACACUUUUGUACUGUUUUAUUAACAAUAUUUCUGUAUAAUAAAAGGUGGUUACUAUACAA